ACCGCUGAAUCCCUCCAUCCACCGAACCAUACCCAACAAGCGUCAAAUCGCGUCAAAGCCAAAAACCUCAUACAAGUCCAGGAAUCUGUAAUAUAUUCCGAGACUUUUACACGCAUUCCAGUCAUCACUAGUGUAGCGGUUGCUGCUUCUUCCCCGGGGAGGUUUAUCGGAUCUUGAUGGAGACCCAUAUCGGAUCCGUGGACGGGGCGGCGGCGGCGGCGGACAACGGCGCGGUGGGGUGCCCGGCGUCGGCGGUGGGGUGCCCGAUGACCUCGGCGCGCCCCGCGCCCGUGUCGGCCGGCGAGGCGUCGCUGGGACGGCACCUGGCGAGGCGGCUGGUGCAGGUGGGCGUCAGCGACGUGUUCGCCGUGCCCGGGGACUUCAACCUCACGCUGCUCGACCACCUGAUCGCCGAGCCCGGGCUGCGCCUCGUCGGCUGCUGUAACGAGCUCAACGCCGGGUACGCGGCCGACGGCUACGCCCGCGCGCGCGGCGUCGGCGCCUGCGCCGUCACGUUCACCGUCGGCGGACUCAGCGUGCUCAACGCCAUCGCCGGCGCGUACAGCGAGAACCUGCCGGUCAUCUGCAUCGCCGGAGGGCCGAACUCCAACGACUACGGCACCAACCGCAUCCUCCACCACACCAUCGGCCUCCCGGACUUCUCCCAGGAGCUCCGCUGCUUCCAGACCGUCACUUGCCACCAGGCGGUGGUGACCAAUCUGGAGGAUGCGCACGAGCAGAUCGACACCGCCAUCGCGACGGCGCUGCGGGAGAGCAAGCCUGUGUACCUCAGCAUCAGCUGCAAUCUCCCAGGGCUGCCUCACCCCACGUUUAGCCGCGACCCCGUCCCCUUCUUCCUCGCCCCCAGGUUGAGUAACAAGAUGGGUCUGGAGGCUGCGGUGGAGGCCACUGUCGAGUUCCUGAACAAGGCGGUGAAGCCGGUGCUCGUUGGCGGCCCCAAGCUGCGUGUGGCAAAGGCAGGGAAGGCCUUCGUCGACCUUGUUGAUGCCAGUGGCUACGCCUACGCGGUGAUGCCGUCGGCCAAGGGGCUCGUGCCAGAGACGCACCCCCACUUCAUCGGCACCUACUGGGGUGCCGUCAGCACGGCCUUCUGUGCCGAGAUCGUCGAGUCGGCCGACGCCUACCUCUUCGCAGGGCCAAUCUUCAAUGACUACAGCUCUGUCGGCUACUCCUUCCUCCUCAAGAAGGACAAGGCCAUAAUUGUGCAACCGGAGCGUGUCAUCGUCGGGAAUGGCCCGGCGUUUGGGUGCGUCAUGAUGAAGGAGUUCUUAUCUGAGCUGGCUAAGCGCGUCAACAAGAACACCACUGCUUAUGAGAACUACAAGAGGAUCUUCGUGCCUGAGGGCCAGCCGCUGGAGAGCGAGCCGAAUGAGCCGCUGCGCGUUAAUGUGCUCUUCAAGCACGUCCAGAAGAUGCUGAACAGUGACAGUGCUGUGAUUGCCGAGACUGGUGACUCCUGGUUCAAUUGCCAGAAGCUGAAGCUCCCUGAGGGCUGCGGGUAUGAAUUCCAAAUGCAGUAUGGUUCCAUUGGAUGGUCAGUGGGUGCAUUGCUCGGAUAUGCUCAGGGCGCUAAGGACAAGCGUGUGAUUGCCUGUAUUGGUGAUGGGAGUUUCCAGGUGACGGCACAGGAUGUGUCAACAAUGAUUCGCUGUGCACAGAACAGCAUAAUCUUCCUGAUCAACAACGGCGGGUACACCAUUGAGGUGGAGAUCCAUGACGGUCCAUACAACGUCAUCAAGAACUGGAACUACACUGGCCUUGUGGAUGCCAUCCACAAUGGAGAGGGCAAAUGCUGGACUUCUAAGGUGAAGUGCGAGGAGGAGCUGACGGAGGCGAUCGGGAUGGCGCUGGGGGAGAAGGACUGCCUGUGCUUCAUUGAGGUGAUCGCGCACAAGGACGACACCAGCAAAGAGCUGCUGGAAUGGGGAUCGAGGGUUUCUGCUGCCAACUCCAGGCCACCAAAUCCUCAGUAGAAACUUUUAGUACUUGUUGCAAGCUGGGCUCAAUCAUAAUAAUGUAAACACUUUGCCCUUCAGUUAUGUUCCUUGUGUCCAUUCCCUCGGGUUUCUGUUCUUCCAGUUUCGGUAGCUCUGUAUCUACUUGUGAACAUCUGUUUCUCCAAUCAAAUGCUACGAGGGUUAUGAGAGGUUUUCAGCUUGCA